ACCAGGCGCCAAGUGCCAACGGCCAACUACAUGUUUUAAAAAUUGACAGUUUUUUCUUAGUGUCGGUGUGAGUCAGUUGUUUCAUAUGUUCUUGUUACGAGUUUGUUGUUAAACAAGUUUCUUAUAUUUUAAAAGCUGAAAGAUAGUUCAACAACUACUUUAUUUUCGUGUAUGUAGUUCGAUAAGUGAAAAAUAUGACGACGCAACCAGAAGUUGGGGUUCCCGACUUUGUUCUUCUGGACAAUUUGACAACGGACAAAUUUAUUGAAAAUCUACAUCUCAGAUUCCAGCACAAUAAAAUCUACACGUACAUUGGUGAAGUUUUGGUCUCAGUGAAUCCAUACAAGACCCUUGACAUCUAUGGCGCGCAGCAUAUGGCACAGUACAGAGGCCGGGAGAUGUUCGAAGUAGCUCCACACGUGUACGCUGUUGCAGAUGCAUGCCAGAGGGUUCUGCGUCAACAGGGGAGGGACACGUGCGUGCUUAUAUCUGGAGAGUCGGGCGCUGGCAAAACGGAGGCUUCUAAGUUCAUCAUGAAGUACAUCGCCGCCAAUACAACACAAGUGCACAGGGAAUACAUCGACAGAGUGAAGAACGUUCUAAUACAAUCGAACUCGAUCCUGGAAACAUUUGGGAACGCGAAAACGAACCGUAACGACAACUCCUCUCGUUUUGGCAAAUACAUGGAUAUUAAUUUCGACUAUAAAGGCGAUCCUGUUGGAGGACACAUAAGCAACUAUUUGUUAGAAAAGAGCCGAGUCGUAGGUUUGCAACCUGGCGAAAGGAAUUUCCAUGCCUUCUAUCAGUUGCUGAGCACAAAUAACGCGUACACAAAAAAGUUUGGUUUGAACUCGAGCGCUGUGUACAAGAUAUUGGGCAACGAGCGCACCACCGCACAAGACUCUAAACUCUAUUCCCUUACGAAUAGCGCCUUUAAUGCUCUGGGCUUUGCGUCUGCCGUUGUUGACGACAUAUGGAGUAUUGUGGCCGGUGUUAUUUUGCUGGGUGAGCUGACAUUCUCAGAAACUGGGGAAGGUCAGUUGGUGGUGGGCGGGCCGGUAAGAGCGUGCGUCAACGCUCUGGGAGUGAGUGAGGCGGCGUUACGUAGUGCUUUGGGCGGACGUGUGCUGGCCGCGGGCGGAGAACUCGUCAGCAAAGAUCACUCGUUAGUGGACGCUCACUACACACGUCUGGCACUAGCUAAGGCCGCCUAUGACAGGCUCUUCACCUGGAUCGUGCAACAGAUAAACAAGGCCAUAGAAGUGCCAAGUGGGCAAUGGGGCGGCACCCUCAUUGGAGUACUGGACAUCUACGGCUUUGAAAUCUUCGAGACCAACAGCUUUGAGCAAUUUUGUAUCAACUACUGCAAUGAGAAAUUACAGCAAUUAUUUAUAGAGCUGGUUUUGAAGCAGGAGCAAGAAGAAUACGCUCGUGAGGGCAUCCAAUGGACUCCGGUGGCGUACUUCAAUAACCGCAUCAUUUGUGAGCUGGUUGAAGCACCGCAUCAGGGAAUCAUCGCCAUCAUGGAUGAAGCCUGUCUUAACCCUACUAAGAUAUCCGACCAACAAUUGUUAGAGGCAAUGGAUAAGAGGCUGAGUGGACACAAGCACUACACUUCGCGGCAACUCACACCCAUAGACAAGAAACUCAAACAUGGCGUCGAUUUUCGAAUUACACACUACGCGGGUGACGUGACGUACGCGAUAACAGGCUUCAUGGACAAGAACAAGGACUCCUUGUGGCAGGACCUCAAGCGAUUGCUUCAUUCGUCCAAUGUCGCCUCGCUACGAGACAUGUGGCCCGAGGGUGGGACGAACAUUCAGAAGACAUCAAAACGGCCACCAUCUGCUGCGACACUCUUCCGCAGUUCGAUGUCGGCGUUGGUGCAAGGCCUUCAAACAAAGGAGCCGUUUUACGUGCGAUGCAUUAAGCCUAACUCUUUACAAACACCCAACACCUGGGACGAACAGCUGGUCCGACAUCAGGUGGCGUACUUGGGUUUAGUGGAGAACGUACGCGUACGUCGCGCGGGUUUCGCGUCUCGACAGCGAUACGACCGAUUCCUGAAGCGAUACAAGAUGCUCUCCCAGUACACUUGGCCCAAUUUCCGCGGUACUUCGGAUCGUGACGCUGUCAUGGUGCUGUUAAGAGAUCUGCAAGUCACUGAUGUACAGUUUGGACACACGAAACUUUUUAUUAGAAGCGCCAAAACGAUCCAUGGCUUGGAAGCAGCACGGGCGGAGUUGAUCCCAUCAAUUGUGGUACUACUGCAGAAGCUUUGGCGAGGGACGGUUGCCAGACGGAGAUAUAAGAAGAUGAAGGCCGCGCUUACUAUAUACAAUGCUUGGAAACGCUACAAGUUCCGGCAAUACAUAUCAUCACUUCAGUCAGAGUUAACUCGUGGGCGUGGCGUAAUGAAGUCGUGGCCUGCAGCGCCAAGGGGCGUGGCAGUAGCGCUAAUGCAAGGCGCUUACAGGCGUUGGAGAGCCUAUUUGGUACUCAAGCCGGUACCCCGCGAUCAGUGGCACCAACUCAAGCUCAAGAUAUCCGCUGCUAGUGCGCUUAAAUCGCGUCGCUCGCACUGGGGCGCCAACCGACUUUGGAAGGGAGAUUAUUUGGCUGACCAAACCUAUAACGACAAAGCUUCGGUGUACCGGUCAGCGCUGUCGUCGCUGCAGCGGUCCCAGAACAUUGGCAAGGCGUUGUUCUCGUGUCGGGUCCACAAAUUCAACCGGCAUAACAAGUUGGCGGAGCGCUGUCUGCUCGUCACUACUACAGCGAUUUGCAAACUGGAUGCCAAUACUUUCAAACUACUGAAGAAACCUACGCCUAUUACUGAAGUGGGUGCAAUUCGUGUAAUGAGCAGCGAGGCCCAACUGGUGGUCGUAAGCGUGCCCUCAGCGAGAAAUGACCUUGUAUUGGGACUGGUUUGUCCGCACGAUCAGACCGAUUUGGUGGGGGAACUCAUCGGCGUAUUAGCCAACAGAUACCAUAUGUUGACUGGCAGUGAAGCAAUUGUUGAAGUUGAGAGUGGUGCGACCACGCGUUGUACGUUGGGAGGGAAACAUCGCGCGUUGCAAUUACCCGCAUCCGAACACGCGCCCGUUCAAACCCCAUUCACGCACGCACAUAAUGUCAUCACCUAUCAUCCGGCCUCUGCACGUGCAUAGCAUUCGGACAUACUUCCGGAGUUCUAACGCCCAGGCUUACGGACAAUACGAAACAUCGAUGAGGUAUCGUAAUAGAACGAUUGUUGUACGAGACUGCUACGUGUCCACAUUAUAAGUGACAAAUAACCGUUCAUUUAUAAUACAACGAUUCGUAGUAAUUACGAUUGGUAUUGUAGAUAUAGAAAACUAGGUUUUUAGUAAAG